AUGGAGUCCUUGAUGAGUGCUGUGUCACCUCGCUCGUCGGCGCCUGGCAAGAAAACUCCUGAGGUGGAUUUUCGGUCAGGCGCCACCCUGGAGCAGCUGUCCAGCCAAGUGUCGGAGUUGGUCCUACUGGAGCAAAGCGGCUUCGGGGACCAGACCGCCUUGGAGGUCCACACGGCAAAGGAUUUAAUUUUUAAUAUGUUAGGUUUAGUCCAGAAAGUGGAUCAGCGCCUCCCAGUGGCCAACGAGUACUUGCUACUGUCCGGAGGGGCCCGAGAAGGCGUCUUGGACCUGAACCCGGAGGACUUGGGUAAUUACGCCAAAGGUGCCGACUUUGACCUGGACUUCACCCUGCUGGUGCCGGCCCUCAAGCUCCAUGACCGCAACCAGCCAGUCACCCUGGAUAUGAGGCACUCGCCCCCGUGCCACUCGUGGCUCAGCCUGCGCCUGUGCGACUCCAACAUCCUUUCCCGAUGGAGCAUCUGUUGCCAGGAGGAGAGCGGAGUUCCUGCUGAGGAGGAGGAGGACGAGGACGACGAAGGAAAAGGCUCCAUACCGUCGCUGGACUCCCCUCAGUCUCUCGAUGGGUGCUACUUCUCCCCUGCUUUGGUGACCGACUGGUUCUGGGGGGUAGUGAGCGAGGCAGUGGAGGAGUUGCGCAGAAGCCCCCAGAGAGGCAUUCCCACCCCCGAGCGACUGGAGAGGAACGGGCCACUCGCGACUGUCAUCCUCCAGGCGGGUUCCAGCAGGGUUCUGUACGACCUUCUGCCCGUAGUGUCGUUCCGGGGCUGGCCGGCCGUGGCUCAAGGCUGGCUGACGGCUAACCACUUCUGGGAUGGGAAAAUCACAGAGGAGGAGGCCAUAUCAGGUUUCUACCUGUUGCCGUGUUGCUCGCCUCUGGCGGGGCGGCCCGACAGGGAAUGGAGACUCGCCUUCUCCCGCAGCGAGGUACAGUUGAAGAAGUGCAUCCCGUUCCCUAUGGCGCAGGCUUUCCAAGCGGCUAAAGCGGUGCUGACUCGCAUCCUGGCGCGCCCUCGCGUGGGCCUAAGCCUCUACCACCUACGCACUCUCCUCUUCUGGGCGUGCGAUCGGCUUCCCUCCGCCUUCCUGUCAUGCCCCGACUCGGAGACCCCCGGCCGGCUCCUCCUGGGUCUCCUGGACGACCUGGCGCAUUGCAUCCUGAGCAAAAACUGCCCAAACUACUUCUUGCCGCAGUGCAACAUGCUGGAGCACUUGACGGACAGCCAGGCUCUCCUGCUGGCCCGUAAACUGGCCCACGUGCGUUCCGAUCCCAGCGAGCACCUGCGGGCCGCUCUGGACCAAGCCCGACAGGCGGGUCAGCUCAAGAAGGAGCUGUCGAGCGGCGCCAACGGCUCUCCGGGACAUCACCACGUCAACGGGGUCCUCUCGCCUUCCGAUGAUAAACUCGCCCAGCGUCUGCAGCAGCUGGUCACCGAAAACCCGGGGAAAUCCAUCUCGGUCUUUCUCAACCCGGACGACGUCACGCGUCCGCACUUCCGCAUCGACGACAAGUUCUACUGA